UUCUAUUUCUAACGUUACUACAACCAUCUAAAAGUGAAUCAUUAGAUUGAAUUCCUCUCGCGUAAUUUCGGAGCACUGAAUUGACAACUCGAAUAUUCACAUUAGUGGCAAACAUUUUCCUGGUGAAUCGAGCAGAAAUAUUUUGAGGUUAUGUUAUCCCGGCUAUCCGACGGUCCGCGAUAUAAAGGCUUUUUCACUCUCUGGUGAAAAAGAGUGCAAUCUCAACAACAAAAAAUCACUAGGAACUCUCAGCGAUGAUUCGUCCAAUUGUGAAUUUUUCACGAGUGAAAGUUCAGAAAAGGCAAUUUUGUAAAAAUAUAGUGACAAUAAUGAGUGUCGUGAGAGAAAAGGGCAACGAUAAUGAAUCGCUCAAUACAAGUGAAGAAGAGAAAGACAAUGCCAACGGAAAUGUUGAAAAAAUUUACAUUUCACCUGACAUGGUUCUUCGACUUCCAACUAUCACUGACAAAUACUUGUGUUGUCCAGAAGCAAAUACCUAUGAAAUAGACUUUACUCGAUUUCAAAUUCGAGAUCUUGAAACAGAAACAGUAUUAUUCGAAAUUGCAAAGCCUCAAGUUAGUGCAGAAGAACGCGAAGAACCUCGCAAGGAACCACAACACGAGGAAACUGGUCGUUUAGAUCCAAACGCUGGACGAUUUGUUCGAUAUCAAUUUACACCUCAAUUUCUCAAAUUAAAAACUGUCGGUGCUACAGUAGAAUUUUUAGUUGGAAAUCAACCAGUUAAUAAUCUAAGAAUGAUAGAGCGACACUUUUUCCGCGAUAGACUGCUGAAAACUUUCGAUUUCGAAUUUGGAUUUUGCAUACCUAACAGCAAAAAUACUUGCGAGCAUAUCUACGAAUUUCCUACACUCUCCACCGAUUUGGUUGCAGAAAUGAUCGCGAAUCCCUUCGAAACAAGAUCGGAUUCAUUUUAUUUUGUGGAUAAUCGACUAAUAAUGCAUAAUAAAGCAGAUUAUGCCUACAAUGGAGGAAUCGAGAAACUGGACUAAAUGUCUCAAGGCUAGACAAUUUUCAUUCUCAUUCUAUUCUUAAUUUUUCGGGAUGAAAUAACCGGAAGAUCUCAAUUUUUCACUGAACGCCUUUCAAUCCUAUCUAUACCUCACAAAUAUCAAUUUCGUCCGCACCACGAUAAUUUAACAUUUUUUUAAGCGAGGAUUUGAAUUUUGCAAUUUAUAAUAUUUUGAUACUAAUUUUUUCAAGCUGAAUGCAUUUUUACUCUACGCGUAUGUGAUGUCUGUACAAAAAAAAAAAAUAGUUUUGGUAGAUAUCAUAAAAUAAGCUUAGGCUAUCAUUAAAUUUGCACAUUCUAUUUAAUUUUGUUUUCUUUCACGAAAGCAAAGAUACUCUGUUAAAUCACC